GCCUCACAUUUCCCCAGCACACCGCUAAUGACUUUCUCGUUAAUUGCUGUCCGCCGCCCCGGUGUACGGUGCACCGGGGUCCGUAAUUUGAAUCUGGUCCGUCGCGGGCGCCUGUGGGGAGAUGGUAAUGGAGGAGGAGAGCCCGGGCCCCUCAAAGCCUGCAGGUGACAGGUGCCCCCGGCAGCGGGAGAAGAAGGACAAGCAGCAGGCCUGCGAGGGAUUCAGUAUUAGAGCCAUGAUGAAAAACAGCGUGGUAAGAGGGCCCCCACCUGCAGGAUCGGUGAAACAAAGACCAGCAAAACGCUCAGCUUUUCGCAAGUUUUAUGACAGAGGAGACUUUCCAAUUGCUGUUCAGCAUGAGUGUGGAGGAAACAAAAUUGCCUGGAAGGUAGAGAUUGAGAAUCUGGACUAUCAUUACUUUCUGCCUUUAUUCUUUGAUGGGCUUUGUGAAACAGAAUUUCCAUAUGAGUUUUUUGCUCGUCAAGGAUGCCAUGAUAUGCUGGAGCAUGGUGGAAACAAGAUUCUUCCUGUUGUUCCUCAGCUCAUUAUCCCAAUAAAAAAUGCACUGAACCUUCGUAACCGACAGAUCCUCUGCACCACACUGAAAAUCAUCCAGCACCUGGUGGUGUCAGCUGAAAUGGUGGGGGAGGCCUUGGUGCCCUAUUAUCGGCAAAUUCUCCCAGUCCUAAGCAUCUUUAAGCACAUGAAUGUUAAUUUAGGUGAUGGGAUAGAAUACAGCCAGCAGAAGCGUGAAAAUAUUGGAGUUCUCAUUCAAGAGACACUGCAACUCUUUGAACGCUACGGUGGAAAAAAUGCUUAUAUAAACAUUAACUACAUGAUCCCCACUUAUGAGUCGUGCAUGUAAACUGAAUUAUAUUAAAUGAGAUGAUUCCAUCUGUGCUCUAAAAAAACUGUAUCUGACUCUGUAUGGCAUCUUGUUAGUCAUGCUUUAUCUUCUCUACAGCUGCUAAAGUAGUGGCUUCUGGGGCAUUGGAGUGUUAGCACUAUUGUGAACAAGGCUUUCCAAUACAUAAAUAGUGUCUGUUCCUUUGAUUACAAUGGUGUACUGUGCCUGUUUGUUCCCUGAAAGAAUCACUCCUUUAUAACAGAGCUGACUCGAACAGGAAUCUGAGUUAAACCUUCACUUGUGUAGACAAUAAAACUAUAAUUUUCAUACGCGAU